AUGUUCGAAUAUUGUUCUAUCAUCAACACUCUUCAAAAACAUUCUGUACAACCAUCACGUUCAUUAUCAGCAAAAGCAAAUUCAAAUAAGAAACGAAAACAGCCUGUUUCUCAACCAUCGUCUAAAUUAAAAACAAAAUAUCGUGCUGGAGUAUUCGAUGAGUAUAUAUAUAAAGAAAGAGUAUCAAAAUAUUCUCGUUUAAAUCGUUUUUCUACUUUUUCAUUUCAUUGUCGAAAUAUUCCAUCUUUUCAGAAGUAUAUCUAA